ACACCAUCAAAAUUUAUUUUGUACUUUUAAACGUGCUUGUAAACAAUAAAUAAUUGCGGGGAUGGACAUUAGGAACAACGACCCCGGCGCCGUUCAGUAUGGCAAUUUUUUCAACUAUUACACAUUUAACUCAGCACCGGAUCGUGUGAAACUGCUGCCGGAUAAAGAUAUAUGGUUACCCUCCUUGGAGGAUGGAGAGUCAACCGGAAGUGGACCUUACAUUGUCCUGGAUGUGGGCUGCAACAGCGGCGUGUUUACUCAGCUGCUACACAAGUACUUGGAGGAGCGUCUUCAGAGAUCCGUAAAAAUCCUAGGAGUAGACAUAGACCAUCGACUGAUUCAACGCGCUCAGGAGGAGAACGAAUCCCCGGAAAACAUAAGCUACGCCUGCGUGGAUGUCCUAGAUGAUGAUGCCUUUGAAGCUGUGAGAAACUAUCUGGUUACCCAAAACCGGCAGAAGUUCGAUGCGAUUUGCUGCUACUCCAUUACCAUGUGGAUUCAUCUGAAUCACCAUGACGAGGGCCUCCAAUUCUUUCUGAAGAAGCUCUCAAAUCUGGCAGAGCUACUGGUGGUGGAACCUCAGCCCUGGAAGUGCUACCAAAAAGCAGAAAAACGUCUGAAAAAGGCGGGAGAGGUCUUUCCCCUUUUUCUAGAACUCAAGUGGCGAUCUGAUGUGGAGGUGCAGAUAGAAAAGUACCUGGAAGACACCCUCGACCGAAGGAAGGUAUUCGAAUCCACUCCCACGAAAUGGCAGCGAAGGAUUUGCUUCUACAGAUAAUGAUUCAAAAGGAUUACGAAAUAUAGGAGGAACAUGGUGUCAAUAAUAUAUAGUUCUAAGGACAACAGUGUAGCAUACCAUUUAUUUCUUUUUUUUCAAAUAGCUAAAUUUAAAACUUUUAAAUAGAUAAAUUUGAUUUCUAAAACGAAA